AUGGAUGCAUCUGAAAUACCCAAAAGUCGGAAGGUAAUGUUUUUGGGUAAGGAUUCUGAAACCAAUGCAACAACGUCUAUGAUGACAGCAAUGAUGGAGGACACACAAGACAAGAGAAAUGUGACCGAAGUAGCUCUGGCUCUGGUUGAGGAUGCCAUCGCUGUUGCCGUUCAGUUUGUGGAAGAAGCUAGAAACCCCAUCAAAAACAUCAAGUGGAUUACUCAUGGUGAAUUCACAGUAGAAAAAGGCCGUAAACAAAUUGAGAAGUUUGUUUUGCAGACUUGGGAGUACCAAAGCCGCUGGGUGCACCACACAGAGUUUAUAAAGAAGGAAGAGCUAAGUCACACCUUCCGCUAUAUCUACUGCGUGCGUUGGAGCAUCCCAACAGCUCAGGUACCCAUGCCGCGAGUCAGUGCCACUGCCUACUUCACCAUCAAGAUCAACAAAAGCAAACCUCCGGAUACACCCAUUGAUGUCUCUUAUAUUUUUGAGGGCCAUUCAUUAGUUCUAAGACCAGGAAUGGCUCACUUUCGAGAAGAAUGGCCAAGGGACAUUAUUGAGGCCAAAAAUCUUUUAAUGGAGUCAAUCACCUUCUAA